AUGGGCAUGACUUCGCAAGAUCCGCGCUCUUCUUCAACACAGUCGCUUGUCCCUGAUCUUACCCAGGGCGACUCAGGGCGACGGCGCCUAAUGCUGGUUUUCAUCCAUGGCUUCAUGGGCAACGAAACAAGUUUCCGAAGCUUCCCAGCUCACGUCCAUAAUCUUGUCACCAUCACACUUGCCGAAUCUCAUGUAGUUCAUACCAAGAUCUACCCCAGAUACAAGUCCAGAGACUCACUCGAAAUCGCAAGAGACAAUUUCUCGUCAUGGCUAGCCCCACACGAAGACCAGUGGACCGACGUUAUCUUACUCGGUCAUUCCAUGGGUGGUUUGCUCGCUGCCGACAUUGCAUUGGUGUUUCGACAUCGCAUCAUUGGUAUGCACCCUGGAAUCAUCAAGGCCGGGCUAGGGAGCAUUUUUAGUGCACCGCCAAAGCCGCAAGACGCAAUCGUGCAGGAUGCAGAUGUCGGAAAGAAGCCCAGCAGGAUUAGCACCAUCUUUAACCCCAAGCCGACAGAUCCUAAUUACAAUCCGGCUUUCCCAAAUGAUGUGCACUUGGCGAAUAGAAAAGGCUGGGAAAACAGCCUACAUUGGCUCACCAAGCACUACAAAGACGGUUUGAAGGAAGCUACCAAGGGCCUUGUCAAGUCUCAUUUCGAGUUUGGCAGUGCAAUGGCCGACUAUAAGGAAUUGAAGGACAGAUAUGUGAAGGUGCGCGCACUAGAGGAAGACGACGAAAGCAAAAGGAGAUCUGGUAAUCCCCAAGCUCGUACAGUACCUCGUGUACGCUUCGUCAACUACUAUACUGCAAGUACUGGGAGACCCAAGAAGCCGAAAUCUCCAAAGUCACCAUCUCCAUCUCGGUCUCCUAGCCAGCAACUACAGUAUCAGGACAGCAACAAAAGCGCCUCAAGCGAGCCAUCGCGGCCAUUACAACCUCGAUCAGAGUACCAAGAGACAUCUAGAAGUGUAUCAGUUACAUCAUCAGAACCAGAGAUGACUCAUGUACAUCCUGAACCCAUCGAAGACAGCCCCAAGUUAUCCAUCCAAGUCCACGAGCAUCGAGAGGACGGCAUUGUACCUGUAAGCCCUGAAGAGCCACUUACAGCCACUAGCCCAAUUGGACCUCAAGCCUUUGGAGGACCAACCCACGAAAGCGCAGGUGCACCAAACUUACCAGAGAUCCCGCCUAUUCCACAGGAGCCACCAUUCGUGGAUUUGAUGCAAUUCUCCGACAAGACUCAGCGCAAAGCGGCAGAGAAAGAGCACGAUCAGGCACUCAAAGUGUACCAGAAGGCUGUGAAGAUGCGUAACAAGACCAUAAACGAACGGACUAAGAUGGAGGAGAAAUGGGAAAAGGACAAAGCGAAAGAGAGGAAGGAACGGGAAAAAGAGCAGAGAAAGAGGCAAGAAGAGCAGGACAAGGCAAGGGAAGAGAAGGAGAAAGACAAGCGGAAAAAGGAAGAGGAGGCAAACAAUAUGUCAAGAGAGGACAGACAGCGGCAAAAAGAAAGAGAACAGAGACAAGCAGAAGCAGAGCAGAGGGAGGAGGAGGCCCGACAGAGACAAAGAGAUGCAGACUUGCGUGAUGGAAAGAUACCCUUAGAAGACACAGCUGAGUCUGCACCUGCACCAACACCUGCGAUGAUCGAACUGGAGGAGGAUGUUGGCGCCAUGGAACUUGGAGGCGAUGAGACGGCUCAGCACAGUCAUCAGGGCCCGUAUAGUCACUACGAAUUCUCUCGUAGCGGAAUCAUGAGCCAAGAAUCGCCAGACGACCGCACUGAUUCUUCAUAUACCCUUUCUACCAUGGACAGCCAAAACAGUCACCGAAAGAAGACUGGGUCGGAGGAAAGUGCGCCUGCCAAACCCAAGAAGCUUAAGAAGUUCUGCAUGCUGCCACCCAAAGAUGCGGAUGGAAACAAAGACCCUACAUGGAUACGAGUGUUCAUGGAGAACAUGGACGAGGUAACAGCUCAUACUUCACUUUUCUUCAUCAACGAGACGUAUGAGAAGCUCGUCGGGGAUGUUGGUGCAAGGAUUGAAGACUGGGUCAGGGAAGCGGAUAGCGUAAGACUAGUUCGCGAGAUGAGCGAGAUGGAACAUAUGAGUAAAUCUUGA